AUUCGUUUCCGGUUUCUGUCUGCUUCGGCCGAGUACACAAGACAUGGAGCGACAUCACAACAGUGCAACGAGGACCCCCCUCACCAAUGUUGACAUCAAGAGGAGGAGCAAGAGCUCCCGGCUGUCGUACCGCAGCUGCUUGGGUGCCGCAGCUUCUCGCCUGGGCCUGACCACAGCACGACAGCUCAACACCAGCAGGAGGGCUUUAAAGUCGCACAGCGUCGCUGAGAGGGUAAACCCGGAGCAGCUGGCCUUGCUGGUGAAAACAGAGUGGCAGCUGUCGUACGUCACGCCCCUCCAUCAGUUCCGACACACCCAGCUGAAAAGCUACUCCAGGCGGCUCGCGGCGUUCAUUGCCGCGGGGAAGCAGCAGGGUUUGGCGGUGGCGGUGGAGAACCCGCAGACGACAUUCAGGGUGUCCUUCUCCCUGGUGCAGGGGAUGACUGAGUCGGCAGAUGAUGCUGAGACGGUCCUCAUACAGAUCCAUGCAAAGUCGGCGUUCGCCGGACAGGACAAGCCGCAAAGGCCGGCGUGGAGCGGCUGGCUCAGCUGCGUCAACGGCAACCCCGAGUACCUGCGCUCGCUCCCGAAGGACUUCACCUGUCUGCCGCUCUUUGGCGGCAGUGGGGCCGAGGGCCUCAGCGCUCUGGUCAAGUCCUGGUUCCAGCAGUCCUUCGACUGCUGCGUCGGACCCCUUGAGUUGAGCCACACAAGCCUUCAGUGGCUGUUGGCGCUGUGGACCAACUGCCACACAGAGGCCAGCAUCCAGCAACUCAAGAUGAUUUGGAAGCUCCCCGCUGAGCCGCCGCUGCAGGUCACCUACACGGUUAACCCCGAGGACGCCUGGGAGCUGUGGCGCAGCGUGAGAAAGCAGAAGGAGAAUAGAAGAGAUGGGGAGGAGGAGGAGGAGAACUGUAUCGACAUUGAGGAGGUGACAGAUUUCGUGCAGGGCCUGAAGAGCCACUUCUACAGACACUUCAGGUUGGAUCUGUCGGCGGGCAGCCUGAACCAGGUCUCAACGGCUCUGGGCUCAGCCAAGCACAGCGGCAGGAUGAAGAUUUCCAACAGCAAAUACAUGAUCACCACCCUGACUCUACUGACGGAGUGCGCCCUCCUCAAAAUGCCCAUCUGAGUGACCGGACACAGACGGUUCACUCCACCAUGAAAUCUGAUAUUCCGAAAACAUCCUUCAUUUGACAAAACAAUUACUUCCUGCUAAUUACUUUUUAUUAUUAUUGUAAACAAAGCCACACAUCUUAUUUUUCAAAACAUGAAAUGGAGUCAUUUUUCCAUAACAUUCUCUACUGGCCGUUUUAAAUCUUUUUUUUAAUCCCCUCUUAUUUUAACUUUAAUGCAAGAAAAAAGAGGAAGUCCUGUGGCCAUAAUGAUAUCUACUGUGCUGGCAAACGUCCACAGGUUCCACCUCUUGUAAAUACAUACUUGUCCAGCUGUUUGUGUGUCAUUUAUAGUUGUAAAUUAAAGGAAAAAAAGGUUUGACUGAU